GCUCCCGCUCGGUGCCGAGCGCCUGGCGGCGGUGUCCGACUGCGAACGCGGAGGGCGGCUGUGCAGGUGGGGGCGCCGCACGAAGGGCCGGGCGGGGCCGGAGCUGGGGCUGCAGGCGCCGCCGCCGCGCUGUUCGCGCCCGCCCGGUGGCUCGCGGCGGGAGGAGCUGCUGCCGCCGGCCCGGGGCGCGCGUCUGGCUGAGCGGGGCGGGCGCGCCGGGACUACCCGGCGAUGCUGUCGCCGCCGCCGCCGCCUCUGUAGAGAAGCGCCCGAGCCCGUCGCGGAGCAAGGUCGGCUGAAGAAAGCUCAGUCUCAAUUGUGUUUCCUGCCUGUCAGCCUCUUGCCUCCCAAACGCAUACCAUUUCCACUUGAUGUCAUCACGCAGAAGGGGGUGAAAGAGACUCGGUGACAGAUUCAGAAAUGAACACACCUGUGAGUACUGGAUGCCUGUGAGCUCCCCAUCACCUGCACUGCAAAGACGCAGAGCGGCAGCCUCUGAGAAGCAGCUCCUUCCCCUUCACCUUGUCCUUGCCCUUCCUGCUCAAGGUCUACCAUGGAGACGCUGUCCCAGGACUCCCUGCUGGAAUGUCAGAUCUGUUUCAAUUACUACAGCCCCCGGCGCAGGCCCAAGUUGCUGGAUUGCAAGCACACCUGCUGUUCAGUGUGCCUCCAGCAGAUGAGGACCAGCCAGAAGGACGUGCGGUGCCCCUGGUGCCGUGGUGUCACCAAGCUGCCCCCCGGCUUCUCCGUGUCACAGCUCCCCGACGACCCGGAGGUCCUGGCUGUCAUUGCCAUCCCACACACUUCCGAACACACCCCGGUCUUCAUCAAACUUCCCAGCAAUGGGUGCUACAUGCUGCCCCUGCCCAUCUCCAAGGAGCGUGCGCUGCUGCCUGGAGACAUGGGCUGCCGCCUGCUGCCCGGGAGCCAGCAGAAGUCCGUCACUGUGGUGACCAUCCCUGCCGAACAGCAGCCUCUGCAAGGCGGGGCUCCCCAGGAGGCGGCGGAGGAGGAGCAGAGCAGGCGGGGCGUGGUGAAAAGCUCCACCUGGUCGGGGGUGUGCACUGUCAUCUUGGUGGCCUGCGUCUUGGUCUUCCUCCUCGGCAUCGUGCUCCACAACAUGUCUUGCAUCUCUAAGCGCUUCACUGUGAUUUCCUGUGGCUGAAGACAGCUGCAGGGAAGUCUCUGGUGGGUGCCAACUUAGGGGUUGAGCAGGUUGGUGAUGAGAUCACGGUAAGAAGAUGGGGGGGAGCGACACUGACCAUUUGGUGCUGAGCGCUGGCCUCUGGGUUGCCUCUUGAUUUACCCCAAGACAGACACAAAGGGCAGAAGGUGAGGUCUCAACAAGAUACCAGGCGAAUUGUUUUGAGUGUUGAUGGCAACAGCUUUGAAGAUGAUUGCAUGCAUCCUCAUAAUCAUGUAUUCAAUGGACUGUAAUUUAUGAUUUUUGAAAAUCAUGUUACGAGAUAGACAUAGUCUACUUAGACGUUAAACUGCACAAGUACGUGCAAUGUGAUCUUCUCUAAAUGCGGUAGAUUAAAACAAAGAUGCUAUGUAUACAAGUAGAGUUAAACCUGCGAAUCCGUGUAAAAAUCCAGUGAAGACAUGCACUGCUGGCUUCUUUACUUUUUUGUUGUUGUUCUUUUUAUUGAAACGCAGUCUUUAUUUAGUUGCUAAGGCUUUUUAUACAUUUUGAAUGGCACCAAAACAAAAUAAGUCAAGAUGGACAGUCGUUUUUUUGGAGAAAAUAUUUGAACAUGUGUCUCCAAUGUGUUGUGUUUUGUCAUGAACCUUCAUUUUCUUCACGUGUAAUUAGAGCUUGCUACGUGUUGAUGAAACUGAAAGCUCAACAGGGGAGCAAUAAACCGAGAAAUCAUGAGACAUGCCCAAUCCCGCAGGAACCCUGAACGCUGAUUUUCCUCAAGCCAUCUCACAAAAUAAGAAUUUCAAA